CCCUCCCCCCAUUUACUUCCGUGGUCAUGUUUCCUCUUACGUCAUUGACAGCGAUCGAUAGCACUUCGGCUUUGACUGCCCGUCGCUGGAAGGAUACUUUGUCUUUGACAGCUGCUGGAAUCUGAAGAAAUCGAUUUUUUUUUUUUUUGUACAGGCGCGAAACAGGACAGUCGCGUGCCGGUUAAGGACCCCCGGCAACUUUGUGAUUUUAUUGGACGCAACCCCGGAAGUAAAUGUGGGGGGUUGUAGGGGGAAGAAAUUUGGUGUGACACAGCCUUCAAGCUUACUUUUCAACUUUGAAGGUCUAAACCUCACAGGUUUGCAUCGAGGAUGCUGCUUUUUACGAGCUCUUGAACGUGACACUCGAAUGUGUCGGCGCGAAAGUGGGUCGGCCCUCGAGGCGGGCAGGGACUGACCUGACGUCACCGUGGCGACGAGAAACCUCCACAGCAUUCGGAGUGGCUGCCGAGACGUAUCGGGCGUCGUCUCCGCGGAGACCGUCAACAAGAGAGGAGGCUUGUCGUCAGCAGCUGACAGACAGAACUUAUUAGGCAUUGCAUGUGGUUGGCAUGACGACCCCAGCCAGCCAGGACGAGUGGGCUCCAACGCAGUCCGGAAUGGCGUCCGGGCCGUCGACACUCGCUUCACUGGUUCCACUGGUCCUGGGUCAGCCGGGCUCCAACACCACCUUUGUGUUGGACCGAUCGGCGGACAUGAGCGCUGCUCUGGAGUCUGUCAAGGAGCUUCUGGUCCAGACUCUGGUGAGCAAGGCGUCCCACAGAGACUCGCUCUUCAACAUCGUGUCCUUCUCAGGCCAGGUAAGCUGCUGGUCCCCCCGCAUGCGCCCCUGCACCGCCCACAGCGUGUACACGGCCCUGUGCUGGAUUCGCUCCAUCACUUGCGGCCCGGGGAAGGACUUCCUGUCCGCCGUGACUCUGGCCCUGGCGGACCCGUCGUGCCAGGCGGUCCAGCUGCUGAGCGCCGCCAUGCCGGAGCAGGCGGCGGCCGUUCUGAGGGUACUGCCCCACCUAGCGUGCGGGAGGCCCGUCAACGUCUUCUACCUGCUGGAUGCGGGACGGCAACCGGACGCCGGCACUAGAGACUACCUGCACGCGCUGACCGGCGCCACAAGGGGGCGCUGCUAUGUGAUUCCUGUGGACCACAGUGGUGGGCUGGACCAGCCAGUCCCACUGCAAAGUGCGGACAAUACCUGUCCCGUCUGGUCUUGCUGUCCUAUCUCUGACCGUCUCCCAGCAUGGAGCAACACGACCUCGCCUCCGUUCAGGCGUCACCUUCUCCAUCCGUCCACUUCCUGCGUGCUUCCGGCUGCGACCUUGUCCACGUCAGAGUUCUUCCCAGGGUGUCGGGUGCUGGCCAGGAAGGACGUGGAUGCUUUUUAUUACCUUGCUACUGUCAUUCAGCGAGUGCAGGGCCUCGCAGGAGUUUGGGCGGUGGAGUUCGACUGUACAGGAAGUGCUGGUUUGGGCGCUGAACAACAGCUGGUGUGCACCGCGGACAUGAUCAAACACUGUGGGACAAGCCUACCCUCCCUACGCUGUGGGGACGCCGUCCUGUCGCCCUGGGAAGCCCACCUGCGCAGAUACGGCCCUGGAAGAGUGACGUCUGUGAGGGAGCGUGGGGGUCACUUACUUCCAGGUGAGGUCCAAAGCCUGGUCCAGGUGCAGAUGUGGAACACGUGCGUGUGUUUGCUUCCGCCCGCUCUGGUCCGGCCAAUCACGACCUGCCGCUACAGCACGUUGGUCCUGGAGCUCCGCAGCACCGGUUCUGCACACAAGAGCCCGGAAGGAAGGAGAAGGUGUGACAGCACCCGGGGUCAUGAUGGAGAUGUGAUGCAGGCGGAGGUAACACUACCGUCCUCAGAUGAUGAUGAUGAUGAUGAAGGCGCCUUUCUUCCCGCUGUAAAACGACGAGCGAGCCGACAGCGUCCUCCUUGGAGGUACUGGAAAAGAACGGGUCCGGAACCGCAACACACACAACCAGUGAGGACGUCGUCGCCUGCAAGAUCCAACUUUUUUAUUUCGCGGACCAGCGCCUCGCCCAAUCAUAGCUCGCGGUUUCAGUCACUUCCUGGUUCUAAACUCAAUCACAGCUCUGUGUUGUAGUCACUUUCUGAUUUUAAACCCAAUCACAGUUCAGUGUUUUAGUCACUUCCUGGUUCUAAACUCAAUCACAGUUCUGUGUUUUGGUCACUUUCUGGUUCUAAACCCAAUCACAGUUCUGUGUUUUAGUCACGUUCUGGUUCUAAACCCAAUCACAGUUCUGUGUUUUAGUCACGUUCUGGUUCUAAACCCAAUCACAGUUCUGUGUUGUAGUCACUUUCUGAUUUUAAACCCAAUCACAGUUCUGUGUUUUAGUCACUUCCUGGUUCUAAACUCAAUCACAGUUCUGUUUUAGUCACUUCCUGGUUCUAAACUCAAUCACAGUUCUGUGUUUUAGUCACUUCCUGGUUCUAAACUCAAUCACAGUUCUGUGUUUUGGUCACUUUCUGGUUCUAAACCCAAUCACAGUUCUGUGUUUUAGUCACGUUCUGGUUCUAAACCCAAUCACAGUUCUGUGUUUUAGUCACUUUCCGGUUCUAAACCCAAUCACAGUUCUGUGUUUUAGUCACUUUCUGGUUCUAAACCUAAUCACAACCCUAUUCCAGUCACUUCCUGGUUCUAAACCCAAUCACAGCCCAGGGUUUUAGUUACUUCCUGGUUCUAAACCUAAUCUCAACCCUGUUUCAGUCACUUCCAGGUUCUAAACCCAAUCACAGCCCAGGGUUUUAGUUACUUCCUGGUUCUAAACCUAAUCACAACCCUGUUUUAGUCACUUCCUGGGUCUAAACCCAAUCACAGUUCUGUUCCAGUCACUUUCUGGUUCUAAACCUAAUCACAGCCCUGUUCGUCACUUCCCGGUUCUAAACGCAAUCACAGCCCAGUGUUUUAGUCACUUCCUGGUUACUCGGAGGUAAUCACAGAUGAAGGCUUCCUUCUUUUCUCAGACUUCUACAAAGCCUUUGAUGUGAUUUGUGUAUUUUCUUUGGCUUCUGGUCUCCAUUUAAAUGUGAAUAAGUGUAAACUGACGGCUGUGAACAGAUGUGAAAUUCUGUCUAUAUGUAAUAUUCCAAUUAAGGAGAGGAUUAAGUACCCGGGAAUAAUUGUUACUAAAACUCAAGAGUUCUAGAUCAGUCCUGAACUUUACUACAAUUGUAGAUAAAACCAAGAAAAGAUUUAACCAAUGACUGCAGAGAGAUUUAUCUUUAAAAAGCAGAACAUUACUCUCCAAAGCAGAAGGUAUCUCCAGGCUUACACAUGCAGCUAUUUCUUGAGUUGUUAACCAGAAAUAUGUAAGAGUAUUGACAAAAUACUUGUUGACUUUAUUUGGCAAAUUCAUUAUAUUAAGAAAUCUGUUCUAAUGAACCAUUACAGUAAGGGUGAUCUAAAUGUUCUCAAUUUCACUACACUAAACAUCUUCAAGGUUAAUUGGAUAAGACUAUUUGAAAGACCCUACCCCAAUUUGGAACUUUAUUUCUCAUCAUGUAUUCUCUAAUCUCCAAGGCUUCAAAUUGUUGUUGUUGCAUAAUUACAAUAUUGAUAGGAUUCCUGUUUAUCAAACUUCCACAAACACCCUCCUGGCAUUGUCUCUUCUCUAUAAGCACAUCGUCUCACCUACAAGAUACUUCAUUUAGAACAACAGAGGCACGUGUCAAAAAGAAAUCACUUUUCUUCUACAAUCGGUUCAAGAAUGGUAUUAUUUUGGUGAGUCAGCGUUUCAAUAAUUACCAGGAAGAAAUACCUGUGACUCCCAAACAAUUUGCCAUUGUCUUUGAUGCCAUUCCAACAGGUGUCAUGUUGUACAGGGGUUCUUCUUUUCCUCUUUCUGCUGUAACAAUUGUGAACGAUCCACUUGACACCCUUCCUUUUGAUCAGAAAAAUAACAGAAUAAUCCGCAGCUUAUUCCAAAAUGAUUGCGUUACUGUCUCCUAUGUAAUUGUGCUCUGGAAUAAUGUUGUGAAGGACAUCUGCCGGGUCAAUAUAUAUGGUCUCUUCCUAACAUGUACUUACUUACCAACAAAGUCAGAGAUCUCUUUCAAAAUCAUUCAUGGUUCCUACCCUGUAAAGACUGCGAUGGUUAGAUACAAGAAGGACAUUGAUGUUACCUGUACAUUAUGUAACACGCAACCAGAGACUGUUCACCACCUGUUCUGGACUUGUGAAAGCACUGGAUCACUAUGGCAGGUCCUCUUGGACAAUAUUCAUGACAAAUGUGUGCUUUGUCUUAAAGAUGUGCUAUUUGGAUUUACACUGCAUGAGAACAAAUUUGAAAAUUAAUUUCACCUUUGCAACCUCAUUACAGUAUUGGCUAAGUUUUAUAUUCAUAAAUGUAAGGUUCUGAAUACCCAACCUGUUUUUGUGCCUUUAAAUUUUUUUUUCGAACUUUACUUUAAAACGCUAUCUACCUCGAACAACCAAAAAGCUGUGAAAACUAUGAUGCUGUGCUCCAAAUGUAAACUAUUUACAGAACUUGUGUGAGCCUGUAACCACACACAUUACUACAUAUGUAUAUUUUACAUUCUACUAUAAUUCUUUUAUUGAAUUAACAACCCCCUGGCGCCGUAUUGUACUGUUUUUGUACUUGUUUUAAUUGUCCUUGUUCAUAUGUUUGUUUGUAAAUGUUAAACUGUAUAAA